AAUAAUUGAGAUAAAAAUAAAUCGUCGAAAAAUAAAAAAAUAAUCACUGCGUAACGGGAUCUUAAUCGGCAAAAAUCGCAAACCGAAGGAAGGUUUUGUUUUCUCUGUGCUUGGAGCAAAGCAAACCAACAGAAAGACUCAUCAACCAACACAAAGCGAAAAUAAUUUUUAAUGUGAAAUAAAAUUUUUUUCAUUUCCUUUCAAUUCAGAUCUUUCCUUUUUUCUCUCCGAUCUUUGGCUUACCUUAAACCCUAGGUAAUUUUUCAGUCAAUUUUCACCUCAAUCCAUUUCUAAAAUCCGAAGCUUUGUAUACAACGUUAUUGAACUCCAAGUGAUCGAUCCCGUUCUUGCUCGCUUCUCUAUGCAAUGGUGGUCUGCAAAUGCCGCAAGGCGACAAAGCUAUAUUGUUUCGUGCACAAGGUUCCCGUUUGUGGAGAAUGCAUCUGUUUUCCUGAGCACCAAAUAUGUGUGAUACGUACUUACUCAGAAUGGGUAAUAGACGGAGAGUAUGACUGGCCUCCCAAGUGUUGCAAGUGCCAAACUGUGCUUGAAGAGGGGGCUGGCUCUGAAACCACUCGAUUGGGUUGCUUACAUGUCAUACACACAAAUUGCUUGGUUUCACAUAUCAAAAGCUUUCCUCCGCACACUGCACCCGCUGGAUAUGCAUGUCCUUCAUGUUCUACUUCGAUAUGGCCUCCCAAGAGUGUUAAAGAUUCAGCGUCCCGUCUUCAUUCACUGCUGAAGGAGGCUAUUAUGCAGACCGGCGUGGAGAAGAAUUUGUUUGGAAAUCAUCCUGUUUCUUUGCCUACGACAGAACCCCAUGGUCCUCCACCUGCAUUUGCUUCAGAUCCACUGAUAAAUUUUACCUCAGCUGGAGGAAUAGAGUAUGAUGGGAAUUUAUCACCCUCUGUGGCAAAAGAUGAAGGAUACGCAGCUGUUGGAGGACCUUCUAAACUUACGGUGACCGAAAUAAUGGAGAUAGAUGGUCCUAGUUCAGCUGGGAAUUACAUGAAAACUUCAAGCCCUGUUGCUCCUGUGGCUACAACACGAAAGAGUACAGUUCAUGUUGAUAGGCAAAACUCUGAAAUCUCAUAUUAUGCUGAUGAUGAAGAUGGAAAUCGUAAGAAGUACUCUCGUAGGGGUCCACUUCGUCAUAAGUUUCUCAGAGCAUUGCUUCCCUUCUGGUCUAGUGCAUUACCAACUCUACCAGUAACUGCACCUCCACGUAAAGAUGGAUCUAAUGCAGAUGAUGUCCCAGAAGGUCGUUUGAGGCAUCAAAGAUCAGCACGGAUGGAUCCAAGAAAAAUUCUUCUCGUCAUAGCAAUCAUGUAAGUGUG